AUGGAUUCUGAGCCUUCUUGGACUGCCAUCCCCUCCUCUGGGGUCACCUCCCUCUCUGCCCCCAAUGCCACGACCAUCUGGCUAGGCAGGGACGAGGAGCUGGCUAAGCUGGAAAUUGGCAUCCUGGCUACUGUCCUGAUGCUGGCCACGGUGGGCAAUGUGUCCGUGAUGUUGAUGCUGGGCCGCCAGGGCCGCAAGCGCUCCCGCAUGCACCUGUUUGUGCUGCACCUGGCCUUGACUGACCUGGGGGUGGCGCUCUUCCAGGUACUGCCACAGCUGCUCUGGGACAUUACCUACCGCUUCCAGGGCCCUGACCUCCUCUGCCGGGCUGUCAAGUACCUGCAGGUGCUCAGUAUGUUUGCCUCCACCUACAUGCUGCUGGCCAUGACACUGGACCGCUACCUGGCCGUCUGUCACCCUCUGCGCAGCCUCCAGCAGCCCAGCCAGUCCACCUAUCCUCUCAUUGCUGUGCCCUGGCUGCUGGCUGCCAUUUUCAGCCUCCCUCAAAUUUUCAUUUUUUCCUUACGUGAGGUGAUCCAGGGCUCAGGCGUGCUGGACUGCUGGGCAGAUUUCCACUUUCCCUGGGGGCCACGGGCCUACAUCACCUGGACCACCAUGGCCAUCUUUGUCCUGCCUGUGGUCAUGCUCACGGCCUGCUACAGCCUCAUCUGCUACGAGAUCUGCAAGAACCUUAAAGUCAAGACACAGGCUGGGAAGGAGGAAGGAAGGGGCUGGAGGACUUGGGACAAGCCCUCACCUUCUGCCCCAGCUGCAGCCACCCGGGGGCUACCGUCUCGGGUCAGCAGCACCAGCACCAUCUCUCGGGCCAAGAUCCGAACCGUGAAGAUGACCUUUGUCAUUGUCCUGGCCUACAUUGCUUGCUGGGCACCCUUCUUCAGUGUCCAGAUGUGGUCUGUAUGGGACGAGAACGCCCCUGAUGAAGACUCCACCAAUGUGGCUUUCACCAUCUCCAUGCUUUUGGGCAACCUCAGCAGCUGCUGCAACCCCUGGAUCUACAUGGGUUUCAACAGUCACCUGCUACCACCCCCCCUGCGUCACCUUGCCAGCUGCAGGGGGCCUCAGCCCCGAAUGCACAGGCAGCUCUCCAAUGGCAGCCUCUCCAGCCGUCACACCACGCUGCUGAUCCACUCCAGUGGCUCACCCACCCUCUGCCUCAGCCUCCACGAGAAGCCUGGACCUGCAGAGUCCUUGAAGGACCUAGAGCAGGUGGAUGGCGAAGCCACCACGGAGACCAGCAUCUUUUAG